GUGAUGGAGAUAAAAUAAAGUGUGCCCGUGCGGCAGGUGGUGUUGCGGCCCGGGUGAUGCGGUGUAGCACCGCCCCUCCUCCUCCUGCCUGGCACCGUAAAUGUUAUUUAUGAAUGCCUGCCGCUCACGGGCGUGUGCGCGCAGAUUAUUAUGUUUUAAUAAUCACAAGACGCUGGACAUUGAUUACAGCCGAUGUUUAGGAUCGUGCGGGAGAGUGCGGUGUCCGCUGUGUGCGGUUAAAUCCAGACUUUAAUUCAUUGUGGUGGUGCUGACAGCGGCAGCGGCGGCGGCGGCGGCAGGCGGAGGAGCGGUGCUCUUUAAUAAUACUGGGUCAAUACACCGCCGCUGUCUGCCAGCCCGCUGCAUCCACCGGAGCCGCCGCUUCACCCCGACGUCCUGCCCGAUAAGGUGCGUUGCCGGGGGCAACAGCUGACUGACCAUGUCCUUGUGAGAGUGGGCGGGGCUAGCUGGCCCAUAGGUGGUAAGGAGGAGGAGGAGUCUCAGCCCUUAGCCCCUCCCCUUCUCCUCCCGCGACAGACCGAACGGACAGACACACAAACAGGCGUGGCUCUCCCCUCCCUCCUCCUCUUCCUCCUCCCCUCUCCUUCCCGCUCUCUUCCCCUCUUCUCCCACUCACCUCCCCUGUCUAUCCCCUCGGGCCCGCCCCCUGCCACAAUGCUGUGGUCACGCUGCUGGUGGAGAGCCUGAGGAAGCAGAUUCUGGAAGGUGACCCUGCUGAGCCAGGGGACUUCUACCUGUCCCUGCUGGACCCGAAAACCCUCGCAGAGUGCUGGCCCCCAGAUGGCUUGAUGCCUGAGAGCAGCUACUGGCAGCUCUGCCCUCCCUCCAAGUCCGGCCUGCAGGGGGGGUUACUGAGCUCUAGUUUCCCCCCUGGCCCCGUGCCCCUGGUGCCCCCAGAUGCUCAUCUGCAGGAGGGGGGCGACCCCCUGGACGGCACCCCCUCUCAGCCGCAGCAGCACCGGCCCCUGGCGCCCAGCACCUCAGCGUCCGAGCUUUCCCUCCCCGGAGCGCCGGUGGCGCCUCCCGGCCCCGGGCCUCCUCCACCUCCUCCUCCGCCACCUAAACGGCACUGCCGUUCACUGUCGGUGCCCGAGGACCUGUCGCGCUGCCGCUAUACCUGGCGGCCCAGCGCCUCGCGGGUGUGGACUCCUGUCAGUCGCCAGCAGUGCCAUGGGGGAGCAGGGGGAGGAGUCACAGGUGGGGGCGCGGGGGCGGCAGGAGGGGGUAUAGGGGUAGGUGCAGCGGGGGGAGGAGCUUGUCCUCUCCGCGCUCCCAGCUCCUCUCUGAACUCGUCGCUGCACUCCUCAUCCAGCCCCACCUUCUUCAGCCUGGCGCUGUCUCCGGACUCCCCGCUGCCUUGGAGCUUCCCCUGGGACCCCAGCGAGGCGGCGGCGGGGGGAGGAGCCUGCUGCUGCUUCUUCCCUUCCCCCUCCUCCUGCUCCUCCUCGCCCUCUCCUCUCCACCCUCCUCCCCCUCCUCAGAGGCGUUUCUCCCUCUCCCCCGUGCUCAUCAGAGACUCGGCGGCCUCCACGUUCCUGCCUCCACCUCCCGUGCCGAGCCAAGCGGCGGCGCGUCCACCGAGCUGCUCGGCCGUGGCCGGAGCGUCCGUGGGGGGUCCGGUACCCGCCUCGCCCUCCUCGGCCUGCAGCACACCGUCAUCUCUGCGACGCAGUCUGCCGCCGCAGCUGCCUCGUUGCCACUCGCAGCCCUGCGACCUGCUGCUCCUCAAACCAGGUCUGAAGAGACGCCGCGAUCCCGACAGACCCUGUGCCCGACCCGUCCUCGACUUCACCAAGAUGACUCAGACCCGCAGCAUCGACCCGCAGUGUCUGGAGCGCGGCGGCAGCAGGCUGGCCUGCGGCGGUGACAUCAGCAUGGGCAUGGAGGCCUUCAUGGGUGACUUCCGGGGCUCCUGCUCGCCGGCCGAGUGCCUGGGCAGGACCAGCAUCGGGCCGCUGAGCGAGAGUGACGAGGAGUGCCGCGAGGACGACGACGAGGACGACGGUGAGGAGGAAGCCGAGGAGCGCGAGGCAGCGCAGCAGGCGGUGUUUGAGAGGGAUUGUACAGAACUCGACUUGAACUUAAUAGAAGAAAACUGACGCGUUUGUAAAUGGAAGGCUGUUUCAGUUUUUUAGUUUUAUUUUCAAUUGAUCUGAAGCCCCGCCCCCCUCUUCCUGGACCACCAUCGUCUCAACACUCCGCGCCUCCUUGCCACCAAUCAGCAAGGCUCUCAGGAACAACACCUUCUCUCAUUGGAUGAGCUGGGGUAAACAAAGCUGAUUGAGGACGACAGUGAUGAUGUGACUGCCACGGUAAAGACUCAGCGCUGUGGAAUCCUCCUGGCUGCUUUUUAACGUGUUGGAAAGUUAAAGUGGGCGUUAACUCUGCUCGCCAACCUGCAUCUGACCUUCAGUUACCCUCAUGACCUCUGCGUCCAUCAUGCUUACACUCCAACAAGCCAUUGUUGAGGUACCUGAAGCCCAGAUGCAGCUUUGUCCCACUCAGACAGUCCAGGCGCGUCUCAGCAUCCAGGUGUCUUCCAACACACAGCUGCUGAGUCUCUGCAACACACUACAGUCUGACGAGGCCGUCACCGCACUGCAGCGCCAACCUGACAUGUCAUCACCGUGUCCGUCACAUGGUCCUGCACCGCAUCACAAACACUAGACACUCUUAUCUCAAAGAGCAGAUUUAAAGGGCCAGUUCACCCAAAUCACAAAAACACAUUUCCUCUGUUUCACUAAAUAAAUUCAACUCAUGACGUCAACAAAACAAAUACUCAUUUUUACCUUCAGUCCACAGUUGGAAACAUUCAAACAAACACUGAAUGGUCUUUGAUCAUUUUCAGAAUUCAAAAGUAAAGGUUUAAGUUUUUUACUCUUAAACGUGGACUCUGUUUCUAUGUGACUCGUGGAGAAAACAAUAUGUGAAAUAGUUCCAGUAUUGAGUGAGAGCAGUGGCAAAAAAAGCUGCAACAGUGGAAAUGUUCACACUGUCUGUAAAUGUCCACUAGAAGUGUUUUUGUCACUGACAGGCUCAGAUUGUUAUUCUAAGUGUCUGACAACAUUAUGGAAAGGAUCCCUACAGAGAUAGACCUUUUUUGUUAAGGAGCAUGUGAUGGCGAUUUUAGGGCUCUCUGUGCUGAUUGAAAAGGAUCUUACUCUUGAACACAAAGCUCUGUCUCUGUAAGGAUCCUUUCCAUAAUGUUGUCAGACACUUAGAACAACAAUCUGAGCCUGUCAGUGACAAAAACAAACACUUUUAGUGGACGGACACUGAGGUGUGAACAGAGUGGAACAGCCUGUUUCACUGCUCUUGCUCAGUACUGGACCAGUUUUAAAAAACUGUUGUUCCCAUUAGUCACAAAAAACACAGGAAGACGGGGUCCCGUUUGAAAAGUACCAAAUGUACCAAAGGCGACGUUCCAAUGAAUCAGUGGAUUCUUUCAUCCAAUUAAUAAUGAGCUCUUCAGAGAUACUUGCUGUGUUCAGCCUGACAAAACCAGGCUGAGAGUUCUGUCUUUAAAUUCACUUAUCAUAGUCUCCAUGAUAAAAUCUUCAUUACCCAACAGAUCAUUUUUUACAUACAGGAACAUGGUUUUGCAUUUAAACUUUUUAGUACCCGUGUAAAGCAGGAGACCAAAGUAACAUCUUCUUUUUACACUUCCUCAGUCCCUCCUGGAUGUCACGGUCCCCAAGAAUUAACACAAAUUCAGCCAAUCCUUGUGAUUUCUGCGCAGCCGUACAGUCUUGUCCAAUCACUGCACCUUGAGUCACACACAAAGUGACAGAGCUAAUGGUUAGCAUCACAUUGCUAACGUGAAAUCAUGGUUAUUAACAGGUUUAACAACAAAGUCAAGCGGUUUCAGUGUCAGUGUGAGCUUAACAGUUCAGCUUCGGAUGUUAACCUCUACACAAAAUAUUAUGAGCAGUGAUGACAUCACGUUGUGCAGUGUUAGCUCAUGCUAACUGGGCAGAGAGUGCAGGAGAGCAGCUGUCCUUGGAGACGGUCCUUCAGCGCCACGUGAAAUGUCAGCAACCUUCACAGAUAGAUUCUCAUUCCAUGGGAACACUGAAUGCUCAUAAUAAUAAGCUCCGAAUCAGAAACAAACUUUCUGGAAAAGCUGCUUUGAAAUCCGGCGUUUCACAACAAUCCCAUAAACACCCCAUGAAGUCCAGGAGGGACAGAUGUCUUUAUUUAUCAGAGGGGACAAACGUCUUCAGCAAAUAGCAUUUUUAGUCAUUUAAGUUUUGCAGCAAAAACAUUUUAGUCACAUUUUGUUGAGCAUUUUUAAUUUUUAUGUCUUGUGGGCACACUGAAGCUGCAGAUGUCUCCAAACUUAAAAAACCCAACAGCAUGAAGAAAAAGAAUCAGACUACUAUAAUGCAGACGGGUCAGGUUUGAGGCUGUUUGGUUUCAGUCAGCUCAGAUAGAUUUAGUUUUACGUUGAAUAUUCAGCAGAAAUAUCUCUCCUAGACACAAGUUUACCAAACGAAAAAUGUUUUUGAAAUUCAGGUGAAGUGACUCAUUAGUGAAUAUGAGGAUAUGUGAUCAGAUAUCAUUAAGGAUUUUAGGUAUUAAAUAGCCGACUUAUUGUUUAUUUAUUUAUUUUUUUAAUGGGAUUUGUUGCCAAGAAGAAACAUGUAGAAUAUCACCAGACUUUAACGACACGUCACACAAGCUGCUUGUGUUGAAAAUUAAUCAAUAAUUUAGCGUCCUGAUUUUGUGGCCAGCCAACACUUAAAAUUUGUUGCAGCCCAAUGUCUCAAAUACCGAUUCAUAUUAUUUUAUCUGAGUAAAACAUUUUAAUUUGUCACCAUGUGAUUAAGUUAACGUUGAUAUCAAAGAAUUGUAAAAUGAAUCAUGAUAUCAGGAGAUCAGAAUCAGUGUUAUUGACAGAACAGUUCAGAGUCUGGUGCAGAGUAAACACACACACACACGCUACAUGUUGAAGUCAUGUGACCUCAGCGUGGUGAUGCGUUCAGGUUCGCUGCAGUUUUGUGGCGUUUUCGUCUCGUCAGACUUCACUGAGGGCAGGUAGCCACUGAUGCUGUUGUUCACCUGAGUGUUCACACAUUCCUGUCACAACACACACUCCUGCUUAUUCACUCUCCUGUGUGUGUGUGUGUGUGUGUGUGUGUGUGUGUGUGCGUGUGCGUGUGCGUGUGUGUGUGUGUGUGUGUGUCUGACAUCUUGAUAACUCCUGGUGGUCAUGUGACUUGAUUCCAGAUUGAAUCCAGAUUGUGUCCUGAUGUAUUUUAUCCACAUUAACACCAGACUGUUUGAAGCUGCCAACGUGUACGAGUGCUCACACUGCUCACAGGUCCAAAUUAUAAACAAAUUCUUUUCAUAAAGUAGUCAAAAGAAAAUUAAAUUAACAUAAAUUUUGAUAAGGGUCAUGUCAGAAGCAUGUUCCAUUUAGAUAUUCCAAAUUAGGCCUUAUUCAGAGCAGCUUCCCUUUAAGACACUUGGGAUAGACCGAUAUUAUUCGGCUUUUAGGAGCGUCUCUUGGACAUGUAUACACUGUAUUCGGAAUACGCGUGAACUGAGGUUUUUAACAGCAGUUUUUGUCAUGUAAAAUCUCGUCCAGUAAGUUUAGUACAGUUAUUAGUGGAUGUUUUGACAGCAGCCAUGUUGGAAAUCAGAUCAAUAAUCAGCUCAAACUGCAGAAACACAACACAACACAACUUUUUGACCUGCCAGAAAUCCAUCUAAUCUGACAGUGACUACAUUUACACACACACACACACACACACUGAUAUUCCAGUAUUAUCCGGAAUAUUACAUAUUCCAAAUCUUAUAGGGAUCACGUAAAUGGCAUAUUCCAUUUGGAUAUUCUGAAUUAGGUCUUAUUCCAAAUGAACCUGACUGAUGAUGUGUGAAAACAAUUAUCCCCAUGGGGGCAUUAAAGAACCUAACCUAACCUAACCUAACCUAACCUAACCUAACCUAAGCAUUUUCUGCUAAGACAUGUGGGAUAUGUCGACAUUAUUCUGGUUUUUGGAGCGUUAUUUGGAUGUGCACAUUGUGAAAUUUAAAUCCUAAAAUCAUUCAACCAUUUCAGGGUGAAAAUUUUGGCUGCGUCUGUUGAUCGUCUGCAUGGAAGUUGUUUGAAAAGGUUCGAUACUAGUCAUGAUACAGUAUUUCAGUUUUGCAUCAGCGUGCGAAUACCAAAAUUAAUUAUUAAUAUAAAUAUAAACACGUUUCUAAAAAAUAUACAGAUAUGUGUGUGUGUGUGUGUGUGUGUGUGUGUGUGUGUGUAUAUACACACAUACAUACAUACAUACAUACAUACAUACAUAUAUAUAUGUGUGUGUACAUUUUACAGAACAGAAGAAGUGAACAUUGUCAGAUAUUAAAUGUGGUAACAGAAGCAUAAGACGCACUCAGUACUGGACAGUUUUCAGUACUUUAUUAUAAACAGUCGUUGACAGGAGACAUUCAACCAAAUUUUUGGGUGCUUUUAUUCUCAGUCUGGAUUUAACCUCGAUGCUGAAGAUGCACAGAACCACCAGGUGUGAAUGUGAUGUCAGGAAAUGUCUGAAAAAGUUCACAGGUUAUGAUGGCAUUUUUUUAUUUCCUCCAAAUUCCACUUGAAACCCAUAAAAAAAAAAGAGAAACUGCACAUUGAAGGUCUCCGGACCUUUCACAGCAUUUGACCGAGCAUCCAGCGGCGCUGCUGCGUGACGGACCACACAGCAUGUUUUCCAUCCUUCAGCUUUUCUACUGAGAAUCAUCACAUUCCUUCCUGCUUAUCAUCACAAAUCAACCUGCAGAGAGAUAACCCGUCACAGUCAGAGGUUUAGUUUACUUUUAAUGGUUAAUUUUCACGUUGUGAUACAGUUGAAAACAAAGGCCUCUUUCAGGGAUGCAUUCAAGGACACGAUAACAUCCGACAUUUGAUAGUCACCUGCCGAAAACAAAAAGCUUCCAACAGUGAGACUCAAACCCAGAAGACAAUCAACAAGUCAACAGGAAAGUUAACGUAAAAAAUGUUUGAAAAAGAAAACGUGCGUUUGGUCGUUUUAUUCCAGCAGAUGAGUCUCAGAUGCCGAGCUGUCCCUGAAUACACCAAAAAGGAAAAGAUUUGGUGAAGUUUGACUAAAGAGUAAAGACGUCUAAACGCUGACUGUGAUGGAUUGUCGUGGUUUAUAAUCGUGGCAACUUUACUGUUAAAUUUCGGACCUUUGUUUAAACCCAACAGCAGCGAAUUCACUUUGUAAAAGAUUGUUUUUGUGUUAGCGAGUUGUUUCAUUCAGAGGGUUUCAGUUUGUGUGACUGUUUCUUCUUCUCGGUCUGAUGUCGGAGUUUAUCCGUCACAUUGUUGGGGGAGGGGUGGGGGUCAAAAAAUGUAUUUUUGAACUGAAAAAUAUCCUCUUGCACUCUUAAAGGAACAGUUCAACAUUUUGACAAUUGGUUAUGUGUUAAGUACAUAAACUGGAGCUGGGAUGGGAUUAGCCUAGCUUAGUAUAAAGACUGACGAUGAUGGGUUUAAAAAAAAAAAACCUAAUUACAAUUGCUUUCACAUCGACUUAUAAUUCCAAGUUGCAGUUGUCAGGAAUCGAUAUCCCCAGUCGGGGAACAGAACUACAGACAUGUCAACAAACAGUUGGCAGUCACGUUAAAAUAAAAUGUGAUGUUAACACAAAUACAAUUUUGCAAAUUUUAUAGGAGCUUUGCAUUUUUUUGGUUUCACUUGGUCAUUAACUGCUUCAAAUAUUUAAUCUAAUUUCAUCUAAAUUUUUAUCUGUUGUGGCUACAAGGUUAGCAUUAGCGCUAACAACCUUGGAAAGAUUCCUAAAUUGGGAUAAGAUGUGUUUUACUUUAUCAACAAACAACAAAAAACUAUGUGGUCAAAUAUGAUAAAAUUAUUCACAGUGGAAUUACAGCUGCCUAUUCAGGUCAAGAAAAUCUGGUGUAACACCAACAGAGACACAGGCUAGCUGUUUUCCCCUACUUCCAUUUUUUUAUGCUAAGCAAGGCUAACCACAUCCUGACACCCAGACAUGAGACUGGUAAACAUCUAAACUUCUCACUCUCAAAGAGAAAGAUAAUAAGACUAUUUAACAACAUGUUGAACUGCUCCUUUAAAGUAAGGUUAAAGUUUGCUAUCAGCUAGCGUGUUAGCUUCGUGUGCUGUCCAUUAGAAAUUUUAACUUGGUUUUAAAAAAAAAAACUAAAAAAAAAAAACGUAAGGCUCAGUUCUCAGUUCACGCAAAUUUACAAAACAAUCAGGAACGAAACAUUACAUUUAAAAACACAGAAAUGGAUCCAAAAAUGUCCCUGUAACACAGAUGUACAAACACACAAUAUGUCCAUGUAAUUCACAUACACAUAAUAUGUCCCCAUAAAACACACUCUUGCACACAAUAUGUCCCCGUAACUUACACAUACACACAAUUUGUCCCUAUAAUGCAGGAUACACACUAUGUCCCUGUAAUACACAUAUACACACAAUAUGUCCCUGUAACUUAUACAUACACACAAUAUGUCCCUGUAACUUAUACAUACACACAAUAUGUCCCCGUAACUUCUACCUACACACAAUAUGUCCCUGUAACUUAUACAUACACAAUAUGUCCCCCUUACUCACAUAAACAUACAAUAUGUCCCCAUACUGCACAUAUACACACAAAAUAUAUACACAUAAUAUGUCCCUGUAUCUUGCAGAUACAGACAGUAUGUCCCUGUUACUCUCAUAUACAGACAAUAUGUCCCUGUAUCACACAUGCACACAAUAUGUCACCAUAACACACAUAUACACACAAUAUGUCCCCGUAAUACACACUUCUGCACAUAACAUCCCUGUAACACUCAUACGCACAGAAUGUCCCUGUACACCUGUACACAUGCAGUGUCCCCGUAUCACGCAUAAACAAACGGCCCUCUCCACACACCCUCCUGGUUUGUUGGUUUGUUUCUGUUGAUUGCUCCAUAACGCCCAACAUAAGCCUUAACUGAACAUAUUCUAUUAUUCUGUAAAUCAAACAGUUAAAAAGAAAAAAAAGGAAAAGACAAAACUAACGGAGAAGAAAAGGAAAUGUGUACUGUAGCUGUUAAAUUUUUAGUCCCUCUGUUCAUUAUUUUCUGCUGUUUUUUCUUAAUAUUUCUAAUCUGAUGUCUGAGCGUGAUGAGGUGUCGGCGAUGAACGCAUCGUGUUUGAAAAAAUAAAAGAAGCUUCAGGAUGGAGGAGGAGCUGUAAAAUGGAGGAGCAGUCGUGUACAAAGUUAGCAGAGAGACUCGGACAUCUCUUGUCUUUUAGAAAUGUUUUUUAUUGUAUGUGAUUAAAAAAAAAGAACAAUGACAACAUGGCAAUUUGAAAAGCAGUUUGUGAAUAAAUUAAGUUUAUUGAGAAUUAUUUUACAAAGAAAGGGGAAAA